UUUGUUGUGGUUUUGUUGUACCAGGAAGCACAUUUGAAGUUAGCUCGCUGGACUAAUUUUGAUUUAAGGUCUUACUUCGCUAUUAUAAGUCGUUAUUAAGGACGGCUCUCUUUAUCUAUCAUUGAUUGCUUUUGCAUCGUGAAGCUGGGGCGGGUUUCCUGCCUGCUUAUGGCGUGUUUUUGUUUGUGAUAAGAUGCAUUAGUCAGCUAAACUACAAUAGCUUAGGGACAAGGUGCAGCAUGAAACCCAUGAUAAUGAGGCAGUGUGUGCUUCAUGGACCGAGUGGAUAAUGUCUGUGAUCCUGUUUGCCUUUGUGGUUCGGGUCAGGGAUGGACUCCCCCUGUCAGCCUCCACAGACUUUGAACACAACCGAGAGCUCCAGCAGAGGAAGCAGCAGAUUAAGACCAUCAGCAAGGCGCUGGCCCGCUUCCCAGACAGAGGGACCAUUAAGGGCCAGGAGCUCAAUAUAUACUUCGUCUCUUCAGAGGGUGUAUCCUACAUGACUGUGUGUCACUGCAGCCUCCCUGUUGCUAAAGCCUUCUGCUUCCUGGAAGAUCUGCGCUGGGAGUUCACAGCAUGCUUCAAAAGCACUGUUGUUGCCUUGGCAGCCAGGCCAUAUCCAUUUUUGGAAUUUGACAGCAUUAUUCAGAAGCUGAAGCAGCAGUACAACCACAGUGGUGGCCCGGCCCUAGAGGUGACUUUGGCAGAAGUCCAGGAGGAGCUGAGGAUCCAUCCACCUCAAGUAAUAAACCUGGAUGAGGUGGAGCUAACCAAUGGCACUGCAAAUGGGCACAUGGAGCAGGGUCCUGGAUCUGGUCAAAAUCAAAGACUGGAACCAGUGACGGCCCCGGGCAUCCUCUCUCUCAUCCUCAAUAUCAUGUGUGCGUCUUUGAAUGUUAUCCGUGGGGUUCACCUCAUGGAGUACACGUUCCAGGAUGAUUAUGAAAGCAUUUGGAAUGUUGUGGCAUUUCUCCUGGCAUUUGCUUGCUGUGUUUUUCAGUGCCACCUCUACCUUUUCCACUCAUCUCUGAAGAAACUGAAGUGCUUCACUCUGUUAAGUGUGAUCGUCCUAUGCAACUUGCACCUGCUCGGCUUGAGAAAUGCGUGGCAGCUCCUCUUCCACGUUUCCGUUGCCUCCUUGUCUACCGUGCUCAUCCUGACUCGCAAAGUCCAAGACAGAACCAGCGACUGUGGCGUCUGAAGAGCGCAGGACAGCGAAAUUUGUUGCACCGCUGCAGUUUUCAGUGCAGGUGAGAAAGAGCGAGGACGUAAUCGGCUUGUGGAUUUUUAACAAAAGAUUGAAAAAGUACAAUAACAGGCUCGUAUUUUCUCAUGUGCCGUAUGUACUCGAACUUUCUGUACAUUUGUGUACAACAAGAAUAUCGAAAAAUGCA